CUCACUGCCCGCACAAAUAUCGCCGCUUCUACCAGCGUUUUCUAACCGCUGAAAGUUUCAAAUCUACCAAGUCUCGAGCUGUAUAUCGUUUAGGUGUCAUCUGAGCAGCAAAACGUUUCAUAGCCAAACAUGGAACCUUCAGAAUCACCGACACUGCAUGCCGGGCCGCAAGACAACAGCCAGGCAAGAGCAGCCAACCAGUCAUCCCAAACCCCGACGCCUUCGCUGAUGCAGCGGAAGUUCAUGGCCGCUGAUUCAGCCGAAGAAGAAUCAAAAGCAGACUGGGACCGGCGCGCAGCUGCUAUCCAAGAGGGAAUGAGGGAGGAACGCGAGCGCAAGGAGUUAUACUUCUUCUAUGGCUCUCUGAUGGAUCCAACGCAGCUGCAACGUGUUCUCGGCCUCAAGGACCGACCAAGGAAUUUAGUCCCGGCCGAGAUCGUUGGGUAUCACAUUCGGAUGUGGGGACCGUACCCAGCGCUGAUCGAUGGACCCCCCGGAAAUGUGGUCAAGGGCAUGGCAUAUGAGGUUGAGGGUGAGAAGGCAAAAACCAAGUUGGCUGAUUAUGAGACGGACAAUUACAGAGAGCACACGUGCACCAUACGUCUUGAGGGAGGGGCUCAGGUAUCCGGCACAACUUUCGAGUGGGCUGGAGAUGUGGAUGAUUUGAAAGACGGCAGCUUUGAUCUAAAAGACUGGCAGAUGACACAUUUGUUGGAUGAGUAACUCAUAAGUUCUCCCUGCAGAACUCAUGAUUAUUUCAUCGUGCCCAGACUGUUAUCACUCAGGUAUAGAUGUGAGAGAAGAUGGGUUGCAAAAUUAGUGUCACUGUCACCAGCCAAAUUCAAAUGCUAUCAAGGGUCCUGUUUACAUAUGUAGACAUUGCAUGUGGAUACGACGAAAUCCACUCGAGUUUAGAUAA